ACCGGAAAUACGCUUUGUCGUUCAGUGUAACUUUACGCUGGCAGUAGCCGACUAAAACCCCUUCCUCCUUCAGCGCAGCACCGCCGCUUAAGGCUGAACAUCACACAACUCCUGCUAAAGACUCAUCUGGAGCUACGGGAGAGAACAGAGACGAUGGGAUUUUAAACUGGAGACUCGACAUGAAGCCAUACUUCUAGUUUCAUUAUUGCUUUUGUUAGCGUGUGUCGCUCUGCGUGGGACAAGUUUACACCUUUGCACUGGAUGCUGAGAUGCGCAGAAAGUGACAGAGGUCCUCAUCUCUUCUACAGUACUUAACGAAUAACGCCAUGAAAGACGACUUUGCAGACGAGGAGGAAGUUCAGUCUUUUGGAUACAAGAGGUUCGGGAUCCAGGAGGGCACCCAGUGCACCAAGUGUAAGAAUGAAUGGGCAUUGAAGACCUCCAUAGCUCUGCUCUAUGUGCUGUGUACUCUCCUGACCAUCGCUGUUGCUGUGCUUGGGUAUAAAGUGGUGCAGAGAGUUGACAGUGUGUCCGAAGGUAUUGCAAACUAUGGAGGAAAGAUAAUGGCCGUUGAGACUGAUUUGAAAAAGCUAGAUGAUCAAGCAGGAGAGAAGUCAGAGAAUACCACCACAGAGAUCCAGGCUUUUAAGAACAACAUCUGGACUCUUCAGAGGCAGCUGUCUGCGGUGGAGGAACGCAUCCACAACGAUCAAGCUAAGCUGAGUCGGCUGGAGAGCAUUGGCUCAGACAUCCAAAGCAACCAGGGCUCCUUUCAGGGACUUCUGGAUAGCAACACGGCCACCUUGCACUCUGUAAAUGGCACCCUACAGUCUUAUGGCAACAUCAUUGGGGGUCUGCAAGAUGACACAGCCAGGCUGCAGAGAGAACUCCAGCAGCAGAUGAAAUUUCAGGACCACGUGCUGCUCAGCAUCAGCCGCCUCAACUUCACCCAGGCCCAGCAGAGAGACCUCAUCGCUGUUCUGCAGCGCUCGGUCGAUGACACCAGCCAGGCCAUCCAGAAAAUGCGCAAUGACUUUCAGAGCCUCGAGCAGACAGCCCGACAGACACGCUCUGAUGCUGACUGGCUUCGUAGUAAGGUGGAAAACCUUCAGGUCAUGGCCAGUAAUGCCUCAGCUCUUGCAAAGGCCAACAAUGACAGCCUGGAAGACGUGGGAUCGCAGCUUGCUUAUAUGGCCAACGAGCUCCAGAACACCAGCGGCCUGGCUGAAGCUCAUGACCAGACCCUGAGGGAGAUUUUGGACCAGCAGAGGGAUUUUGGCAACAUCACAUCCACCAAGUUUGACCGGCUGGAGGUGCGGCUGGAUGAGUCAGAGCAGAGUAUGGACUUUGUGACUGGCAACAUCAGCUUCACUACGCAGCUCCUGGGUGCCAUCAACCUUAAGUUGAAUGAGUUACGCACUUGUUCCGAGACCGUCGGCCGUCACUCAGACUUCUUGCUAAACCUCAACAGCAGCGUCGCAGAUGUCAGGACUGAUGCAGUCAGCUUGAGGUCCCAGCAGGAAGAGCUGGCUGCGCGUCUGGACAAGGAAGUCACCAACCUCACUAUUGUCAUGGAGGAGAUGAAGCUGGUGGACACAAGGCACUCACAACUAAUAACCAACUUCACUAUUUUAAAGGGUCCUCCGGGUCCCAGAGGGCCAAAAGGGGACAAAGGACCUCAGGGACCAUCUGGUCAGUCUGGCCAGAAAGGAGAGAAAGGAGAAAAGGGUGCUCCAGGUAUACGAGGACCCCGAGGAGAACAGGGUGUCCCAGGACCCCCAGGUUUGCCAGGGUUAAAAGGACUGCCAGGUGUACCUGGUAGCCCUGGUUCCAAGGGCUCCCGAGGGUCAGGAGGGAGGGCCGGACCUCCUGGGGCUAAAGGGGAGCCAGGUUCUGCUGGUCUGCCUGGAAGAGAUGGACAACCUGGUCCUCAGGGGGCACAGGGCCCACCAGGUAUCAGAGGUUCGAUGGGACCAGCUGGGGAGCAGGGCCCAAGGGGACUGCCAGGACCAGUGGGGCCACCGGGGCCACCAGGCCCGCCGGGACAUCCAGGGGUUCCGUUCCGAGCUCCAGUAAUUCCUUUAGGCCCUGUGUCCAUGCAGGAUGAGGCAGUAGCUCCCACACUAUGGGCUCCAGGAUGCCCUUCUGAGUGGGUAAACUACAGAGACAAGUGCUACUUUUUCUCCAAAGACCUGCACAGUUUUGAUGACGCGAAGGCAACCUGUGAAUCAACGUCUGCUUCAUUGCUGAUCAUCAAUGAUAUGGAAGAACAGAAAUGGCUGAAGAAGCAGACCUAUGGCAAGGGUUACUUCUGGAUGGGUCUGACUGACAGGGAGGAGGAGAACGUUUGGCGUUGGCUGGAUGGAACUGAACCUGCUUUCACAAAGUGGAAGCCUGGUCAGCCUGACAACUGGGGCCACGGACAUGAAAUAGGAGAAGACUGCGCGGGGCUCAUCCACGAAGGGUUAUGGAAUGAUUUCUUCUGUGAAGACCUCAUAAGCUACAUCUGUGAGAAGGAAAUGGAGACCUCCAGACCGCAUGGAUCGUAGCGACGUCUUGAAAGGGAGCUUGCAGUGAGCAGCUAGACUUCCCCCAUGUGACCCCGGUCCACUGACACAGCACAUGGAGAGUCCGUACGGAGAGAGCAAAGGGACAAUUUUGAAAUCAGCCCAGGGCUGCAGCAACAAACGUCUCUCCAAUGCUGAAGGAAAUAAUUUCUCCUCCAAAGUGAACCCAGUCCAACUUUACCCGCAAGUGCAAUACAGCAGGGCAAUCGAAGAAGGGGGACUUUUAUUUUUUAAAGUACCAAAUUACCAAUUGAUUUAUAUAUAUAAAAAUGUUUUUUAUGGUUAUUUGAAAUACAUUAUAUAAAACUGUAUUCUAUGUGCAACUGAAUAUCUGAAUGUAUAUUUCAUCAUGCAACUUUGUAGGAAAUUAUGAAUUCUAUGAAGCCAAGUGGACUUACCAUAGUGCUUUACGUAAUAAGAAAUUGUCUUAAAAAGGUGCAAAAUGAUGCGCAAAAAACAUAAUGCCGCUGAUAUGCUAUCUUUGAGGAGCCUGUUAUCUAACCUCAUGAAUGUCUAUAUAGCAUUUUCAUUUAUUUGAGUAGAAACAAAUGAAGUAGUUACACAUAAAUACAGAAGAAUGUCACAAUCAGCUUCAGUUUUUGUUCAAGACUGCAAGUUUACAAUUUGAUACUCUUUUAUGAGACAGCAUUUUGUGAUUAUGAGAUUUAUUUUUCACUAUUACAGACACACAUAUAUGUUUAUGAAUAUGAAUCUGUGGAUCCUGCCUACAAAUUUAAAAUGUGCCAUUUUCUGCACUCAGGUACCGUUUCCUGUUAUACAAAAAAACAAAACAAAACAAAAAAAACACUUCGGUUUAAACAACACUACAAAAAAAUGAAGGAAACAUUCACAAAUAAAUGUGUAAAAUCCC